GGGUUUACCCAUUUCUUCUUCUUCUUCCCCACAACACAUCACUCUCUGAAACACAAUAAGAGAGAGAGAGACAGAAACACAAAAAAAGAAGAAGAAACCAUUUUAUUCUUAAGAGAGAGAGAGACUGAGAACGAAGAGCACAUGAGAGAGAAGUUGAUUAAAAUUUCCGCUUUCGUUCUCUUUCUCUCUCCUCCAUUUCAGUAAAAUUUAUCUUUAUUUCUGGGUUUCUUCUUCUCUUCUUCAUCAUCAAUUCAUCAUCAUCAUCAUUUUUAUUUUUGAGUUUUUAUCCUAGAUUUAUUCAAAUCUUACUCGUUUCGUGAAAAAGUCUUCAUCUCUACUUCCUUUAAUUCUCCUUCUAGGUGUUUGUCACAAAAAGUAACAAAUCAAAUCAAAUCAAAUCUCUGAGUGUUUUCUUAAUUUGAUGAACUUCGGUAGUCUCUUUGAUAAUACACCUGGUGGUGGCUCUACCGGAGCAAGACUCCUCUCCGGUUUAAGUUAUGGCAACCACACUGCCUCAACCAACGUCUUACCCGGUGGUGCUUUGGCUCAAGCGGCUAGCCUCUUCUCUCCUCCUUUAACUAACAAAUCAGUUUACGCUUCCUCUGGCCUCUCUUUAGCCCUCGAGCAACCGGAGAGAGGAACAAACCGUGGAGAAGCAUCGAUGAUGAGGAACAAUAACGUCGGAGGAGGCGAUAAUUUCGAUGGGAGUGUGAACAGAAGGAGCCGAGAAGAGGAACAUGAGAGCAGAUCUGGUAGUGACAACGUUGAAGGUAUCUCCGGCGAAGAUCAAGACGCAGCCGAUAAGCCUCCUAGGAAGAAACGUUAUCACCGACACACUCCUCAGCAAAUCCAAGAGCUCGAAUCUAUGUUCAAAGAGUGUCCACAUCCAGACGAGAAACAAAGAUUGGAACUAAGUAAGAGACUUUGCUUAGAGACAAGACAAGUCAAGUUCUGGUUCCAGAAUCGUCGUACUCAGAUGAAAACUCAAUUAGAGAGGCAUGAGAACGCAUUACUGAGACAAGAGAACGAUAAGCUAAGAGCUGAGAACAUGUCGAUCCGUGAAGCAAUGAGGAAUCCAACCUGCACCAGUUGUGGUGGACCUGCCAUGCUCGGUGAUAUCUCUCUCGAAGAACACCAUCUCCGUAUCGAAAACGCUCGUUUGAAAGACGAGCUAGAUCGUGUCUGUAACCUCACCGGUAAAUUCCUCGGCCACCACCACCAUCACUACAACUCGUCCCUCGAACUCGCCGUCGGCAACAACAACGGAGGCAAUUUCGCUUUCCCUCCUGACUUCGGCGGUGGCGCUUGCUUGCCUCCGCCGCAGCAGUCGGGGAUCAACGGGAUUGAUCAGAAGUCAGUUUUGCUGGAGCUGGCUUUAACAGCCAUGGAUGAGUUAGUGAAGCUCGCUCAGAGUGAAGAACCGUUAUGGGUCAAAAGCUUAGACGGGGAGAGAGAUGAGCUUAACCAAGACGAGUACAUGAGAACGUUUUCAACCACUAAACCAACCGGUUUAGCUACUGAAGCUUCUCGAACAUCCGGUAUGGUCAUCAUCAAUAGCUUAGCUCUCGUCGAGACUUUAAUGGACUCCAAUCGGUGGAUGGAGAUGUUUCCGUGUAACGUCGCAAGAGCCACAACCACCGACGUUAUCUCCGGUGGCAUGGCCGGAACUAUAAACGGUGCACUUCAACUGAUGAAUGCGGAGCUACAAGUGUUGUCUCCGUUGGUUCCGGUUCGUAAUGUUAAUUUUCUCCGGUUCUGCAAACAGCACGCCGAGGGUGUGUGGGCGGUGGUGGAUGUAUCAAUUGAUCCCGUCCGGGAAAAUUCCGGUGGCUCUCCAGUCAUCCGGCGAUUACCAUCAGGCUGUGUAGUGCAGGAUAUGUCCAAUGGAUACUCUAAGGUCACGUGGGUGGAGCAUGCAGAAUACGACGAGAACCAAAUCCACCAGCUGUACAGGCCAUUGCUAAGGUCAGGCCUUGGUUUUGGCUCGCAAAGAUGGCUAGCUACACUUCAGAGACAGUGCGAGUGUCUCGCCGUCCUUAUGUCUUCCAACGUUACAUCUAACGACAACACAUCUAUAACGCCUGGUGGUCGGAAAAGCAUGCUGAAGUUAGCUCAACGUAUGACAUUCAACUUCUGUUCGGGCAUCUCUGCGCCGUCGGUCCACUGUUGGAGCAAGCUCACUGUCGGGAAUGUGGACCCGGACGUUAGGGUGAUGACCCGUAAGAGCGUGGACGAUCCAGGGGAGCCUCCGGGUAUUGUUUUGAGCGCAGCCACGUCAGUGUGGCUUCCGGCUUCCCCACAGCGUCUGUUUGAUUUCUUGAGGAACGAGCGGAUGAGAUGCGAGUGGGAUAUUCUAUCCAACGGUGGUCCAAUGCAGGAGAUGGCCCACAUUGCCAAAGGUCAAGAUCAAGGCGUCUCUCUGCUCCGCUCCAAUGCAAUGAACGCAAAUCAGAGUUGUAUGCUAAUUCUUCAAGAGACAUGCAUUGACUCAUCCGGAGCGCUUGUAGUCUACGCGCCUGUUGACAUCCCAGCCAUGAAUGUGGUGAUGAACGGUGGAGAUUCAUCCUACGUGGCUCUCCUUCCUUCCGGUUUUGCUGUUCUCCCCGACGGAGGAAUGGAUGGCGGCUCCGGUGGUGACGGUGAACAACGACCCGUUGGUGGUGGGUCGCUCUUGACGGUGGCGUUUCAGAUCCUCGUAAACAACCUCCCUACCGCAAAACUCACGGUCGAGUCGGUGGAGACGGUUAACAACCUAAUAUCAUGCACCGUUCAGAAGAUUAGAGCCGCUUUACAGUGCGAGAGUUAAGCUGCCUGCUGAUCAGGACGGUGCGGAGAGUGUUUAGGAGCGCGUUUGUUUUUCCUUUUUUUUUUUUUUUAAAUUGAGUUGUGAAUUUUAACUUAUGGUGGUCAUGUACUUUUGGGAGGGGGUGUCGAGUCAAGAACGAACCGCGCGAGUUAGCGAAAUCUAACUCCUUUGUCACCGUGAUGGGACCAAGACAUGGAAGAGUUUUGGUCCGAUCACGGUGGAGGAGUUGGUGGUUCGGGUAUUGACUGGGGUUGGAAACCCCCCCUUAUCCUUUUCUUCUCUGUUCCUUCUGAGUAAUAUUGUAAGAAACUCAUGUGGCGGGUUUGAGCCACACGCGCAGGGUGUGUUGUUGUGGUUACAAAACGUGAACCGUGGGAUGUUACAUUACAUAUAUGUAUGUGGUUGGACUUGGAUGGAUCUGUUUCGUUUCAA